AUGAGCGAACCAGGGGCGGUUCUGGCGUCCACUGUAACUUCAAUUGCAGCCCUUGGUUUUAUCCCGGUGGCUAUCCAUUUCAAUUUCUUCACCCUGCUCAAUCGGAUUGGGCCAAUCGCGACAGCCGAAGAGUUGACCAAAGCCUCCGACGCUGAAAGAAGCGACGAGGACAAACAGCACUCACCGCUAUGGUGUCUGACGUUGGUAGAGGACACCAUGUUCGCGAUGGCCGGCCUGGGCCUGGUAGACCUGGUCGAUGAUAGAACAUUUCAGGCCAAUUCUAUCACUGCUCACAUGGUGGCAGUACCAUCCUCCCUCCACGGCAUGUUACAUUUCACGACAGAGCCACUUUGGUCCGCAGCUUUCUUGAUGAGACAACUUCGAGACACAAAUUUCGAAUACCCAUUCCAGGAGAACAAAACACCCACGCAGUAUGGUUACAAAAUGAUUGGCGAGGAGAGGUUUGUCAAUGAGCACACCUAUUCCAUAAUGCACAUGCAAGGUCGUAUGCCGAGCUUCUCAUCCUUCAUGGAGGGCAAAUUUGAUCGCUUUGGCUCAAUGCCAGAUCGCGUGAAAUCCUUCGGGUAUGAUCUGGGCUCUGUUUUGAAGAGUGACGCCAGCAGCAUCGCCGUGGUCGACAUUGGAGGCGGACGAGGAGAGAUGCUUCUCGAGGUGAAAAAAGCGUUCCCGCACCUGAAGAGCGAGAAUCUUGUGUUGCAGGAAGAUCACCCCGAUCAAACGAACGCUGAAGAACUGACAAUCCAACGCUGGAACUUCAAAGACGAAUCUCCCGAGCCCAUCAAGGGGGCUCUCGUGUAUAGCUUGACACACAUCUACCACAAUUUGUCGGACCUUGAGGCGUUGCGGUUGAUGAAGAAGGUUUCACAGGCGAUGGCGCCCCACUCCCGCAUGCUGGUUCACGAAUUCACAAAGAAUUCCACCUAUGGGAAGAUGCACGCCACCAUGAUUCAACUGUUCGCCGGGAGAAUCAGGAGCAGUCGCGAGUGGAAGCAGAUGGCAGCUUUAGUGGGCUUGGAAGUGACUUUCGAGGCAUAUCCCGUUGCUGGAGAGGGCCUGAUUGAGAUGAGGAGGCUGGGAUCAUCCGAUGCCACUGCCUAG